AAUUCACCCGUCACUUCCGGUUCCAGUCAAAUCCCCGCCCUUCAGGAACAUUCUGAGAGGUUCUCCAACUUCCCUUUUCCUUCUGUCCUUUCUCUUCCUGCGGGGAAGGCAAACAGAUGAAAUAUCUUGAAGAUCACAAUAAUAUUGGAAGAGCAUAAUACAACUAAUCAGUUAUGCUGAGACAAUUCAGUGGCACGCCAGGAGCACAUUUGCCCGGUGUGAAUUACCUGUAAAGGAAUAGAAGAAAGAAUAAUCUGGGAAACCGCUGUUAUUAUGGCAACCUUAAAUCCUGCUGCUAUUUCUCCAUCAACCACACAGAUACCACCAAGCCCCUUGCCUGCCGCCCCUCCUGGUACAGGAGCUUCAGUGGCGCGUGGUAAAAAGCGGCCCUCCAGUCCUGGGAAUGGCAGCUCCAGUAAGAAAAAACGGUUAACAGUGUUAGGUGGUGGUGGAAGUUUCUUUCAGAGCACAAGUACAGAGACAACAAAUGAAAAUAAAACAUUGAACACUGAUUCCAGCACAGUACCAGUAGAGACUACUAGCAAACCAUUGCCAUUUAAAGUUCCAAGCUUUACUCAUUCUGGCAUUGGUGGAGCUGCAGCUGGUAAAAAGAACAGAACCUGGAAAAAUCUGAAGCAAAUCCUUGCAUCAGAAAGGACGUUGCCAUGGCAGGUUGAUGAUCCAAACUACUUCAGUAUUGAUGCUCCACCUUCUUUUAAACCACACAAAAAAUACUCUGAUAUUUCAGGGCUUCCUGCAAAUUAUACUGAUCCACAGAGCAAACUGCGAUUUAGUACCACAGAGGAAUUUGCCUACAUUCGAAUGCUUCCUUCAGAUGUUGUUAUGGGUUAUCUCACUCUCAGAAAAGCAGCAAAUGUUGUUACCUAAGGGGAAAAGCUUUCACCUGACUUGAAAUGGUAGGAAACAUAUUUCCAGUGGCAUUGUAUGUGUGUGUGUAUAAUGUAUGUGAAUGUGUCCCUGGCAGCUUAAUAAAAGGUGUAUACAAAAUA